AUGGUGGACCCUGCAGGGAACGCUAAUGGAGAGGCAGCGGUGAACGGGGCGGUAGGAGGCGAGGGGGAGAUGCCGGGCAAGGGCGGUCUGGAAGCGGCUGCAGUGCUGAGGCAGGAGUCGCCGAUGUUCCGCCUGGACCUGGACAACUUCAACAGCGCCGAGGCCGAGGGCAGCCGCUAUGUCCUGACCAGCCCCCGCUCGUUGGAGGCGUGUGCCCGGUGCGGGGUCAGGCCGGUCGAGCUCCUCCACAAGAGCGUCAACGAGUUGGCCAAGGAAGCGCCGGCCAGGUCCAUGCGGGUGGCGGCAGGGCUGUACGAGGUGUACGAGAGGGAGAGGCGGAGGAAGCUGAGGGACUGCAGGGAGGAAAGGGAAAGGAUUAUCCGGGAGGAGAGGAGAAGGAGGAUCUGUGGCCCGGUCAGGAACAGCUUGCCUUCAUCCCCAGCUCCCAGGACUAAAAAGACCCAGGCUUUGGAUCUGAACAGGUCCAAGAGCCAUUCUAUGGAGUUUUUGCAAAAGAAGCAGGACAGCAACUCCACCGUGACAUCCUCUGAUUCUGGGGCCUCCUCCUCCUUCAGUGGUGACACUUGCAAGGACAGGCACAGCUGGUUAAAGGUAAGUCCCAGAGGGAGGGCAGUGACUGGGCUACAUCCCACCAUGGGGAAAAGCCUCAGCUUAGGGGACCUCUGCCACUCUCCGCAGACCGCCAAGAAAGUGGCCAAAAUGGUCAGGGAGCUGAAGAAGAAGGGGCACGGGGAGGUGUCAGAGAGGGACAGGAAGAUCGCCGCCCUCAUGCUGGCCAAGCACCAGGAGGAGACGAUGAUGAGCCACCAGAGCCACCGAGCCCAGGUGGAGUGGGAGACGCACAGGAGGAGGGAAGCCAUGAAGAGGGAGAUGGAGGAGCGCGAGAGGCAACGGGCCCUGCUGCAAUGUCAGAAGAUGUGGGAGACCAGGCUGGAGGCCAGGCGCACCAAGCUGAGCCAGGAGCAGAAGGAUGCGGUCAUUCUCAAACAGCAGCAGUCCCUCUUGCAGGAAGAGAAGUGGCGGCUGUUGGCAGGCAGCCAAGAGCUGCAGAGGAAAGGUAAGCUGGAACAUGCCAAACUUGAAGCUCAGGAGAAGAAGAUGCAGCAGGAGGAGCUCCUCAGGGCUAAGGAGUUGGAGUUGAAGAUGGACCUCGAGUUUAAAGACCAGUUAUUGCAGCAGAAGCUCACCCUGGCCAAGCAGAAGAAAGUGGAAAUGGAGGGGAAGCAAGUGAGGGAGAAAAAACUCUCUAAUAAGGUCGAGAAGCUGAAGCACGAAGCUGCCUUGAAAGAGGUGGUCAAGGAAAUGGAAAUGGAGAGGAAAAUGCUGAGAAAAUCUCUGGAUCAAAAACUAGCCAAGUCUCAGGAGAAUUACGAGCAUCUGAUGGAGAAGAGGAACCGGGAGCUGAAGGAGAGGGCCACAAAAGAAGAAUUACAGAUUCGAAGAGCGAGGACAGCAGCAGAGCAGCACGAGAAGGAGCACAAGGAGCAUUUGGAAGUCUUAGCCCGAGCUGCGGAGAGGAAGCUUCAGAAUGCAGCACAGGUAGCCCAGGAAAAGAUUAAUCAAAUAAGCCGCAAGGCUGUUGAAAGCAGGACAGAGAGAGAAAGGAUCCACCGGCUCAACAAAAUCAAGUUGGAGGAAGACGAGGAGUCCAAGCGGAGGGAGAUCCAGCACUCGAUAGCGAAGAAACUGGAGAAAAGUGAGCGGAUCUUCAGAGAGAGACAGGUUGCUCUGGAGAACUCGCGUUCCUUGGCCAGAGCUUCCUUCCAAAUCCGAGAUAAGGUGCGCUCGGAAAUAAACACAAGGACUUUUGAUAAGAUGGCCCUUGAAGCAGAACUCCACGCCCACCUGGACAAAAAGUAG